AGAAGAAGAAGAAGAAGUUGCUUUUGGACGGUCAAAGGUAUCCCGCGCUUCACAAGUUUUAGCUGUGUUCAAUUUGAAGAAAUAUAUAUAUAUUCAUAACGCCUUUGGUCGCCGACACAGUUUUUCUAUUUGACUUUUGUACAGUUUUUGUGUUUUUGAGUUGGGCUGAGCCUCUUUAUUCAUCGUCUUUGCCAUCCCAUUGGCACAACACGAUGAUCACAAGGAGAAGAAGCCGUGCCACGGAGAUGCCGUCAGUAGAUGUUGAGGAGGUGGACGUGGUGGAAAAUGAUCACGAUCUCCCCAGCCCUGCUGAUGACAACGAUCCUCCAGGAAUCGAGCUAGACGACCUGUUUGAAGAUUUAAAGUGGACUCUAGAGAAAGAUUCUUCCUCUCUACUCUUUGGGGUCGAUCUUGCCAAUCUAGAAACAUACAGCGACACAAACCAAGACUUGGAGUUUGACGCUUCAUCCCGCUCAUCCCCAGACAGAACGCCUUCUGGAUCCAGGAUGAAAAACCGACAAAACCAGUCGAACCACGUCAUCAACAAAAACGCCAUCGCUGCCAGAUUGAACCGUCUCAAGAAGAAGGAGCACGUCAACAGGCUGGAGAAGCAGGUUGGCGUUCUGUCAACGGAGAACGCCGUGCUCAAACAAGAGAACUGUCAGUUGACUAAACGGGUGGAAGAAUUGGAGGAUGAAACCAGGGGCCUCGCUCUAACGAGCAUGAUUAUGCGUUGCCCAGGAAGCGGGUGAAGGUGGAGGAGAAGGAGACGUCUGGCGGCGUGUGCCUGCAUGUAGACAAGAACCACGUCUCAGUGGAAUUCUGCCCAAAGUGUGCAGAGAGCGCGAGCACGUCGCUCAAAAUUUUCUUCUAGGUAAUGGUUGCUCCGCCAUGGGGGAUGAGUGGCUUUCUGAACUCCCUUUUCCUGCUUGAUGCCAUGUUCUGCUGAUGGGAGGUGACGAAGCUGGACACGCAGCUGCAACGUGGCCUGGUAUUUUUUUAAAGGUAGUAUCGGUAACAAAUGGUAUAUGUAAUCUUAAUUUUUACCCACUUUCUGCAUCACUUGUAGCUGUUGGUCGUAUCAGCAAAGCUCCUACAGCACCCGGAGCAAUUUGUAUAUUGUGUGUAUAUUGAAAUGUACAUUAAAAGAAAAGAAACUGAUCACAGUUAAUUUUUUAAAUCACAUCUAAUAAACUGUAAGUGUUUAAUUUUGAA